CCUAUCUAGUGAUUAAAACAAAGAAUAAAAGAUGACACAAACCGGACAACAAGCAACGCUAACAACCCACAGUGCCAGAAGGGGCCCUUGUCAAAGGCCCGGGGGAAGAGGCAGGUUGUCAAGCUCUCCAGAGUACAGCACAGAGAGAGGGAGAGAGAGAGAGACAUCUCGGGAGGGCAGGUGCUGCCAAAGGGAAGGGGUGUUUCUGCGGUCUUAUUGAAAGAUGACGCUCAAUUGAAGGAACCCAGACACGCCAACCUUGCCAGAUCAAAAUAGUUAGGCAGCUCCUAUGGGAAACAGGCAGUCCUCAACUAACCGGGCCCUAUGCCAUCUACGGCUUUAUGGGUAAUAAUCCCACCUUAAAUUAAACCAGGAAGCAAUCUGGCAGCCAGCACAGUUCGAAGAGCAGGCAUGGGCCUAAGAAAGCAAGCCCAUCGCCCCCCGCAGUGCUGGAUUCUGGACCAGUUCAAGCUUCCAGAUGCAGCAAGUCCGGAUGCUAAUUCUGGCCCCGUAUCUAUUAUGGCAAUGUGAUUGCAUGACCUCAUCUGCAAGAAUGAAGCAUACAUGCCUGCUUGCUGGUCCUUAUCUGCCUCUUCAUGUCGGGAAAUCACAUUCAAAAGAAUAAAAAAAAAUUAGAAUUUGUAGGUCCAAAAUCCACAGUGAGAACUUUUAGACUCCUCCAGUCAUUCUGUCAUCAAGUGGCUAUUGUUUUGAAAAGGAUAUCUUACGAUAAUUUCACUGAAAAACAGGUGAAUUGGAAUUUAGUUGGAGCUGUAAUGGAGUUUAAAAAAGGAUACUUAUCACGUCAUGUGACAUUUUAAUCAGGCCAAGAAUGUCUCAUUGAACUAAGCUAAUCUCCAAUGUGAGCUAUAGGUAACUCCUCAUGUCUUCCUUUCCCCAUCAGUAACAAUACUCAAUUUCCUUUGCAUCUGAAGAAGGGAUCUCUCGCAGAGGUGUAUGUAUCGUGCACAUGUUCAUGUUUCCCGUGCCACAAUUUUAUUUUAUGCUGUGCACUAAAAGACUUGGGAACGUCCUAAAAGCUGUGCCUUUCCUGCCACAACGGGGAAAGCAAGGCCAUUGUUUCAUGAGUCUGGGGCUCGGCAUGGUUGCCAUGGCAGAUCCUUUGAGAAAGGAUAAAGAGCAGCUGUGCGCCUGCUCCGAGGCAGCACCGCACAUCUUGCGCUAACCAGCCGCGGCAGCCAUUCAAAGCAGCCACUGCAAAGACAAGGGAGAGAGAGAGAGAGCAGGAGGAAGGCUUCACUAGCAGGAUGCUCGCAGUUUGCACGAAGAAGAUGAUACUUUUGGCUCCUUUACUCCUGAUGAUGGGGCUGAUUUCUACAAAGGCCGCUACGGCUGAGGAAGAAUCGGGAACAGCGAUUCCUGCUGAAAGUCGACCGUGCGUGGACUGCCAUGCCUUUGAAUUCAUGCAGAGGGCUUUGCAAGAUUUAAAGAAGACGGCGUACAACUUAGAUUCCCGAACGGAGACCUUGCUUUUCAAAGUGGAGAAGAGAAGCUUAUGCGACUGUUUAGCCGCCAAUGGCCUGAACUGAGUCCUGGAGGGGCCCCUUCCUCAGAGGACCUUCCGCGGCGCUUCUCAAACGGCUGUUAGGAAAGUAAAUAACGCCAGCAUGUGAAUCCGGCGGCUUCUGAAAUUAAGGGCAGAACGUUGGUAUGAGAGUGUCGUGCCUGAAUUCAGAGUGUUUUUGUCUUCGUGUCCACCCUCAGGAGCUGCAAGGUAAUUCCCAGAGAAAUGGGGAAAAAAUGGGAGGGACAAUGAUGGACUUUUGCAAAACAUGAAAAGCUUUGUCGUCAGAAGCCUUCUUUUUCAAUAUUAUAACCCUCCCUCCCCUGCCAUUAAAGUUAAAAUUAAAGAGUGAAGACCCUAACAAGGAUUCUAGGGAGCUUUUGUUGGGAUGCUUCUUCUCCUGAGUGCUUCUAGAAGGAAUUGGACGUUUAUACCAAAUAAUGUGUACAAGGCAGACUUUGAUCGUAGGCAAAAUAUGAUUUUGAUAGUGUGCAAAAGAUGUAAAAUGAAACAGAAUCAAGUUGGGGGCCGAGUCAUUAAACAAUUUAAUUAA